CUGACGUCACCGGAGCGGCAAAAAAUGAAAAUGGCAGAAGGCGCGCGGGGUUUUUAUUAAUAAUAGAGAUUUUAGAAUAACUGAUCUGAUCCUGUUCUUACUGUAAACAGCGUCUCUGUAACCCGCUCUAACGGACCCCUGUGUUUCUCUCAGUGAGAACCUACAAAUUUGGAAGCAAUGGAUUCUGCAGAGACCAGAUUUGCCCACCUAUUGCAGCCCAUCCGGGAAAUGACUAAAAACUGGGAUGUUGAUCUGGCCACUCAGCUUGGAGAGUAUCUAGAAGAGCUGGACCAAAUGACCAUUUCUUUUGAUGGAGGAAAGACUACAAUGAACUUUGCUGAAGCAGCACUGUUAAUUCAAGGCUCUACAUGCAUCUAUGGGAGAAAGGUGGAGCUGCUGCAUAAUUUGGUUUUCCAGACUUUGGACUGCAUCUCAAAUAAAAACAAAAAGCGUGACAAGCAAGGCUCUGAAGCUGUAGAUGGCACCACAGAUGGCACCAGGGCAAACAAUGAAAGAGAUGACUGUGAGUUUGAUGGACGGGAAGAAGAGACCAGUAGUCACAGUGUGGUGAUGAAGAGUGAUCCAGCUGAGCCAGUGAAGAUUGGGCAGCUGCCACCUGAGUCUCUGAUUCCUGCUGAGGCUCUUGAAAAGCAGAAAUAUCCACUCCUCAGUCUAAAAGGAGAGAUUCUUGGCAGCUUGAAGGAUUUCCGAAUCAAUAACUUCACCGUUGACUCUUUGGGAAUGAUUUGCUUGGGCUCAAAUUCCUCUUCUCAGUUCCAGAGAGAGGCAUUAGGUGAUGGGCUGGACUCACCUGGCAGACUUCCGCUCAUCCUGCAAGAGGCCAGACCAGAAGAGAUGGUUGGAUUAGUGAAUAAUAACUGUGGUGACGAUGAUAAUGAUGGUGGUGAACCGCUUCCUCCUCUGGAAGACCAUGGCAUGGAGGUGGAGGCAGAUCAUGAGGAGCAUGUUGAAAGACAUCAGGCUCCCAGUGAGAGGAGAUUGCUAAGAGAGAGACCUAAAGUGCAGAUUCCUGCUGAGGAGGCCAAGCAGCUACAGGAGGUUGUGGAUCCUUGGAAAUGGCUUGACCCAUAUGAAACUACAGAUGAAGAUAAACCUCUGAAAACAGGGAAGUGCUGCAACGUGCCUGCAGGUCUGGAGGAAUCAGGCAAAAGAAAAAGAAAAGGCCCCUCCAAACUCCAAGACUUCUUGGGCUGGUGCACAAAUGUUUUUAAAAAUGAGACCACCGACCGCAAGCUUAAGAAUGGGCCCCUGUUUCCCGAAUUCAGUUACAUCUACCUGAGCAAGAUGAAUCAGCGGCUGAAAACACGGAAGAGGAUUCUAAGAAAAACGGGUGUGUACAUGUCUGAUGAGGUGCUGAAAAGAACUUUCUUGGAGCCGGAGAAGCCCGAGGACCAAGAUGAAGUACCACGGCAUCCAGACAUGGAUGGGGAUGACUACUCUGAUCAUGAAAAUGAAGUCUUGUUUGAAGAUCAUGCUCCUGGAGACUUUGCUGAACAGGACCAAGUUUUAACAGACUCACAAAUGAGCCGGAUGAGUUAUGAGGACUUGGUCAGGAAGAAUGUGGAACUGUUCCUGGUAAACUCCCAGAAGUACGCUCAGGAAACGGCUCUAUCUCUCAGAGUGAAGGAGUGGGAGGAUGAGAUCAACCCUCGGCUCUCAGCUCAGGAGAAUCGUCCAGCUUUUGAUAUCCACGACUACGGGGACAGGAUCGUCCACGCUCUUGGAGAUGUUGGGGUGAAGCGAUCGUUUGCGUCGCUCGUUGCAGGCAUGGAGAACACAGAAGCCUGCAGAUACAUGCUGGCUUCACUUCAACUGGCAAACGACUACACCGUACAAAUUGACAAGAAAGACGGGCUUGAGGAGUGCGUAGACACCAUGGAGCUGACAUUACUGAGCAAACAGAGGGCAACCGAACGUCUCAAGAAUUACAACGCUUCUUCUGACCACAAUCAACCUUGACCUUUUACUGCUGAACAAUCCCAAAGCCUCACCACAUGCUAGUAGAUAGACUGUAUAGAUAUUUGUACAGCAUCCACAAUGUCUUAUGUAUCGGACAAGUAUGUUUUUAAUGAUAUACAUAGAUAUUUUAAUCUGGGCUGGCUCUAUAUUAAAGCAUAUAUCUGGAUUACAUAACACCUUUUUAAUCCAGAAGCAGGCCUAUUCUAAAUACGAAAAGGUCUAGGAGAAUCUAAUUUUUAUAUAUUUACAAAUGCUAUUUGUAACUGAUGUGACUGCCAUUGUCACAGAAUGCUACAUGGGUAAAGUUUUCUGUCUUUAUUAUGUGUGUCAGUGAAAAUAUUUUAAUGUGUUUAUCUUUUUUGUUUUUUCUUUUCUGCUAUGUCUUCUAUCCUGUACCAACUGUUGUGCAUCUGAAUGCAAAAAAUAAAGCAUCAACUUCCAUUAUGUACUGAGUUGACAUGAUGAUGGUUAAAAUAUUAAGGACAGUUGCUGAUGCAGAGCUUGGCAAUUUGAUGAUUUUAUGUUAUUGUAUCAAAUUACAGUACAAUAAAUUUGUAGUAUGUGAAAAUUAGUCCUUCUAGAAGAUCAAACAAUUACCUGUUCCACAGCAAAAAGAGCAGAAAUAGUGUUGGUUAUUUGGAUUUAGUGCCAUGUGAAAUGCUAAAUAAAAAACAAUUGUGCUUAUUUAAACA